AACAGUCAAGUCAACUACACACAAAUGGCUCGUACCAAGCAGACAGCUCGCAAGACCACCGGUGGCAAGGCCCCUCGUAAACAAUUGGCUGCUAAGUCGGCCGGGUCCAAAAAGACCAUUCACGCUCCUGCUGGUGGUGUGAAGAAACCUCAUCGUUUCCGUCCUGGUACGGUCGCGUUGCGUGAAAUUCGUCGGUACCAGAAGUCGACGGAACUUCUUAUUCGCAAACUUCCCUUCCAACGUCUCGUUCGUGAAAUCGCUCAGGAUUUCAAGACUGACCUGCGUUUCCAAUCGUCAGCGGUGAUGGCAUUGCAGGAGGCAUCCGAGGCAUACCUUGUCUCACUGUUUGAGGAUACCAACCUUGCUGCUAUCCAUGCUAAGCGUGUUACUAUCCAACCCAAGGACCUUGCCCUUGCACGGCGGUUGCGCGGCGAGCGUUCGUAGAGUUUUCUGUCCAGGAUAUUUUCGCACGUUAUCACUUGUAUCAUUAGUGUAUAUUUCAUAAUAAAUGCAAACGUUGCGUCCUCAA